UUCACUAAAACUACCAUGGUUAUAGUACGUACUUUGGUUGUUGUAUUCAGCCUAUUGUCAGUUGGAAUUUGCUGUUCUGUCGAGUCCAAGACGAAUUUGGAUCUUAUUCUUUACAAAAUUACUACACUGACUGAAAGAGUCCAAAAGCUUGAACAAAAAAUUGAAAAAAACGCCUUUUGUUACAACAAUUUAUUAAAGUUGACUUCCGUUAAUAUUUCCUCUUUGAAAUUUGAAGACCACCAACAAGACUAUAGAAUAUUAAAAAGUGACUUGGGGGAAAUCAGGAAAAAAAUAUUACAAGAGAUAUGCCCGGUGCAACACGGAAAUAGGUGUUUCUUCGUCGUCUUCGAUUAUCCUGAAAACAUUGACUAUAAAGCAGCAGAAAGAUUAUGCCGCGAAAGAGGCGCAAACGUUGGAAACAUAUAUUCCUUGCAUCACUUGCACGACCUGGGGAACUACAUCAGACCAUUUGCAGAUAAAACUACAGGAAAACGUGAAUAUGUUGAAGUGUUCACAGCAAUGAAGUUUGAUCAAACGAUCGGUGUUGCUACUCUUUUCGGCGGGAGCAAAUCAACAUUAAGUAAUUGGUAUCUUGGUGAACCAGAAUAUGAUCCAGGAAAAACAAGAAUAGGACUUCACGUUUCAAAGUCGGGAACUAAUGAUAUUGAUGUUGCGAUCAUCAAUUCAUUUUACUACAUUAGCCAUGAUGGCGUCCUAUGUGAACUAGAACUAACUAACUAACUAAUAGCAGCAUCAAAUACGAGUGGACGUGGUUACCUGCUGUAGUCUGUAACUAACACAGCGGUUUUU